AUGACGAUGGAUUGGUCUUCAGUUGAAGGGAUUGAGACUUACAAGUCGAACGCUACUCGAACUAAGUUUGGCUUUGAGGGGGAAGUUGAAGGGUCUAGACUUUCGGUCAUUCACGCCUCUUUCCUCGUCCUCGGCGAUAAGACGGAAGUCCCUUGUGAUGAGUAUCCCGUUCAGCUCGACUUUUCUUUCCCUCACCGCCCAGCGAUGAAAUCCAUUCCCGAUGACGUCUGGCUUCAUAUCGCACAGUUCCUCCCGCCUCUUUUCCUACGCGAUCUUCUGGACCUAAAUAGCACCUUCUUCAAUAUUGCCAUGGAUUGCCGUUACCGACAAAUGAGUUUUGCUUACCUGGAUGGCAGGAUGCUGAGAAGCCUUGAGCGACUGAAAGAUCCGGAGGUCGCUAAGCGCGUUCGAAUCCUACAUGUUUAUCCUGGCUUCCUCAAAGAGGCCCUUGAAAGAGAAAAAGCAGAACCCAUUCUUCGACGUUCCCUGCGCUAUCGCCUCACGGAUCUCGCCAACCAUUUGCGAGAGCAAAAAAUCUUCCCCAAACACCACAAAUUCCGGCUUAUACGCACGUUCACGAAGACCGAGGAUGUUAUACGGGUCAUGUUGGACGUCCUUGGAGGACUCCCCAACGUGACCGAUUACUUUUUGACGUGGUGUGGCCUCCCUGCAGUUGGAAUACCAACUGCGGUCCCAUUCCUGACCACCGUUCCUCAGUUGAACUUGCGCAAGCUUUCCUUGGAGUUAUCCCUUGAAAACGUGCAGAGCCUCUUGCCAGCUACAUUCCACGCCCCCAGUCUCGAGGAGUUGCACCUCUGUAUCCAUUCCGAAAGCAUCCACUCCCUCGUUGAACGAUCGCAAAUCAUGCGGGAACACCUGGGGCCCGCCAUCAACCAGAUCAACUCAACAGUGAAGACGCUCGUCAUUCAAUCAUGGGAGCCUUCGGAUCUCUCCCCGCUGUUCCACACCAUCGACCACAUGCCAGCACUUGAGGACCUCAGCCUAUGCAUCCCUGUCGAAAAUUGGCAUCUCGGAAAUCCCGAUGGGGUUCAUGACUUUCUCAACCGACAUCGGACGACCCUGAAAUCAUUGCGUUUGCGGGCGACGCAAUUUGGCGGCAUCGGGCUCACCCCAGACUUGACCUCACUCCAUGAUUGGAUCAACGAUGUCGUCCGAAGUGUCAAAUUGACGAAAUUGCGCGCGUUGGAUGUUAGCUCUAACCUCUUCCCGGUUGACACCUCGGUGAUCUGUGUUCAUCGUUUCUCCCGAACAAUCACCUCGUUGUCGCUAACGGGUGGCUAUCGGAGUUAUGACGACGUCGAGCGAGCCGUCAAUCUAGUGGCUGAUCAGGACAGGGAGGAAAGUCUAGGAAAGCUCCGAAUAGGCCUCGUGUCCUUGUCACCACAGCUUAUGGACCUGAUCGCGACCAAACUCCCCCACCUAUUUAGAUUGGAAUUGCUUGUACGAGACAUCGUGCCAUUUGCCACCCAUCAGCCCACAUAUUACGCAGCUAAACUCCGGGCGAGCCAGAUAUUGGUUCUAAGCUGCUGGGCAGUGGGCACCGAAGCCACUUCUGGAUCAAUGGGACGCCCCGCGCUACUGGUGGUGGAAACGAUACAUGUUUCGAGCAUGUGGGAUGCUAUCGUUUUGCUGUGGCACUCUAGAACGGAAUAUGAAGAUAGAAACAUAACAGCUGAAAUUCAGUGCCUAAGUCCCGCGUUGAGGAAUGUCCUGCCAAGGUAUUUGGUAUUCAUAAGUUUCUUGAUCGAAAGCGUUAACACGGGCGAUGGUUCGCCUCGAGGCUGCGUCGCUAACAGUCUUUGGAUGAAUGCUGCAUGA